CCAAAAAUAAAAAUAAAUUGGUUACGUUAACUUCCAUAACCUCCAAUUAGUUUCUCCAGAGAAAGCUACAUCACUCCUCCGACGUUCGACAAAGCAAUUUUCCCGAAAAAUCUUGGUAUCACGUUGGAGUCCAUAAAGAAACACAUAAGCAUGUCGCAGGACGUAAUCUCGUCUCACGAGCAGCUCUCCAUGGAUGAGAUCACAAGCCCUCUCACCGCUCAAAUCUUCGAUUUCUGCGAUCCACAGUUAUUUGAAGAGACCUUUAAUCAAACCUCUGAAGUGACAUCUGCUUCAAACUGUUGUGGCUCUGUCGAAAACAUCAACAACAAUAACUUUCCCGACAAAUCCAACAGCGGUUCGAAUCAAGACCAUGAAGACAAAAACAACAGCAACAAUAAUGAUGACAACGGUGACUUAUCGAUCAUAUUCGAUUCACAAGACGAUUUCGAUAACGAUAUCACAGCUUCCAUCGAUUUCUCUUCCACUAUUCAGUUCCCAGCCUCCGAUCAACUCCAAGAUCAGUUUGAUUUCACCGGGAUUCAACUUCAUCAGCCUCCGAACAUUCUAUACUCCUCCUCUUCUUGUGAUCAUUUGCCUCCGCCUUUAACGGUUUUUGAAGAUGAUUGUCUUUCUUCUGUCCCAAGUUACAAUAUUGGGUCCCUAAACCCUACUUCCCCUUUCUUGGGUAAUCCCGGUUUACCAUCUUACAUGGGCGUAACCAGGAAUAUGAUGAACACCGGUUUAGCCAUUGGAGGAUCAGAUUUUUACUCCGGUUUUGGUUCUGACUUUAAACCGUCACAUGAUCAAUUGAUGGAAAUCCAGGCUGGUAAUAGUGGAAUGUUCUGCCAAGAUUCGAUUAAACCCAUAUACAAUCCAGGAGGAGAUCAUCAUCUCCAGGCACUUGACUGUGGCGAAGACCAAAACCACCUGCCCAAACCGGUUCUUCCGGAGUUAGGAACAGAGAUAACCGGUUUAGACGACGCCAGCGUCAACAAAGUCAGCAAACUCACAGCUGAGCAAAGGAAAGAAAAGAUUCGUAGGUACAUGAAGAAGAGAAACGAGAGGAAUUUCAGCAAGAAAAUUAAGUAUGCAUGUAGGAAGACGUUGGCAGAUAGUCGUCCAAGAGUUAGAGGAAGAUUUGCAAAGAACGAUGAAUUGUGUGAACCAUAUAGACAAGCUUCUUCGAGCUAUCAUGAAGAAGACGAUGAUGAUGUGGGGGUCAGAGCAGAAGAGCAACUGGUUGAUUCUUCAGACAUAUUUUCACACAUAAGUGGCGUAAACUCGUUCAAGUUCAAGUAUCCAAUCCAGUCUUGGAUUUGAGUUAAUUACAUAGUCCUAUAAUCACAAAAUAGUAGUCUUAUAGAGGUAUAUAUGUACAUUUUAUUAGUGCAUUUUUUGGCUAUGACUCAUAUUUUCUCUGAUAUAUUUAGAACACAAGAAAAAAGAGAGGAAUAAUGGGUUUAGGUAGGCCAUGAUAAAUAAAACUGUAGGGA